AUGGUCAAAAUUGCAGUUGCUGGAGGCUCCGGCAAUGUUGGACAGGAAGUCAUUGAUGUCCUCCUUGCUACGAAAAAACAUGAGAUAGUGCUGCUAUCCAGAAAGGGCGCCCCAGCGGAAGGAACUCAAAAUGUCACCUGGUUUCAGACGGACUAUUCAGAUGUGCAACAGCUGGCACAGAUUCUGCAUGGAGUACACACUGUUCUCUCCUUUGUGACCGAGCAAGAUCCCACUAGCCCGAUACAGAAAAAUCUCAUCGACGCUGCGAUUCAGGUUGGCGUCAAGCGCUUUGCUCCCAGUGAAUGGUGCUCCGCUACCAUGGCGCACAUGAGUUGGUAUGCAUACAAAGAAACAACUCGUCAGUAUCUCAAGGAAAUAAACAAAGACAAGAAGGUCCUUGAGUACUGCUUGUUUCAGCCGGGAUACUUCAUCAACUACUUGACCCGUCCCUACCCAUCGGCCAAACACCUCCAACUUAUUGACCUCCCCUGGGACUUCCAAAACCGUCGAGUAAUUGCAGUGGAUGGAGGCGAGGAUGCACGUAUCACCCUGACUACUGUGGAAGAUCUCGCCAACGUGGUAGCCAAAGCUAUUGACUUUGAAGGUGAAUGGCCCGUUGAUGGCGGUAUUAGUGGAAAUGACACCACAAUAGGCGAAAUCGUCGCUCUUGGAGAGAAAUGCCGCGGCGGCAUGCCUUUUAAAAUUGACAAAGUGAAGGCGCAGGACUUCGCUAGUGGGGAAUGGACGACCCCAUGGAUGCCGGCCAUCGAACACCCUGCCAUUCCACGAGAGAAUCUCAAGGUCAUGGGGAGGAUUGUUCUCGCUGGAAUUUUGUUGGCUGUCAAUGCUAAUGAGCUCCAUGUUUCUGACUCGUGGAAUCGGCUGUUGCCGGAUUAUGAAUUCACGUCUGUCAGUGCGUUUUUGACUGCGGCUUGGAGUGGGAAGCCUUAG